UUACAUGGCGUCAUGGCAGCAACACCACUGUGGGGUACAGGAGAACACGGCUACCCGAAUACCAAGUUACACCGCCGGUGAACUGUUAGAGGUGUAAACUAAUUGACAAUCAUGGCUAUGCCAGGAUCUUUCGACCAGAAUCUACAACGAUGGAAUCCUGGCGGCGGUCCCCCUCCAAACCAGGCUACUGGUCCCAUGGGAAAUCCGGGGACGGGCCCACAGCAAUUUGGCCCACCUCCCAUGCAGGGGAUGCCCCAGUUCUCGGGCUACGAGAAGGUUGGAGGAUUCGGACAAAUGAAUUUCAUGCCGCCUCCACCUCCUCCACCUCCUCCACAGGGUAAACCACCACCAAUGGAAUUUACCAACUUGGCCAAUCUGAACGAAGAAGAUUGUAGAAACGCCAUGAUCCAGUUUGUGAGCGAGAACUGUUGCUAUGGAUCCGCUCCCGCAAAGGAGAUGAACAUCACAAACGUGAUCGGUCUGACUGCUCUGCAUUAUACGCUGGAGACAUUUUGUGAAAGUAGGCAGACAGGAUAUGUCCACGAGCCAUACAGAGGGGGACCUGUAGAUGGUCCUCACAACGGCCCGGCUCCUCCUCCAUGGCAAAUGCACUGUGUGGCAAAUUCAAUGUUCAAUACCCACGUGAAGAAAAUGGAAGUCCCCCAUACCGCUACAGUGAUGCCCUGCCAUGCCUGUGAUGCCCGUGGAUACCAUGUAUGUUGGAGAUGUCAUGGAAUAGGACAUACACGCUGUGACAACUGUAACGGAUCCGGGCAACGUCACACUCACGACCCCCAUGGAAACCCCAUCACGCAGACGUGUUUUCAUUGUCAUGGUGAUGGUCGGGAAAGUUGUUACACGUGUGGAGGAGACGGGCGGAUCACGUGUGAUGAAUGUGACGGUUAUCGUAACAUCAAAUCCUACAUACAACUGACAGUGGAAUUUACCAACCAUGAGGCAGAUCACAUUAUCGAGCGGUCAGAUAUGCCGGACGAGCUGGUGAGACACGUGUCCGGAGACAUCAUAUUCGAGCAGGUCCUACCACAGGUGUGGCCUAUCACAGCUUAUCCUGUAGCGGAGAUCAACGAUAACUCCGUCCGUAUUGUGAACCAGCACAAGGGAGCCUUCCCCAACGAACGUCAGCUCCAGCAGCGACAACAGCUGAGAGCAGUACCGGUAACAGAAGCUCACUAUGAAUGGAACGACACAAAGACGAGGUUUUGGGUAUAUGGUCUGGAGAAAAAGGUCGAAGCCCCGGAUUACCCUCAGCAGUGUUGCUGGGGAUGCGAGAUCCUGUAGAAACGUCAGUUACGACAAGAAAGGACAACGACAAAGUGCUAGAUUGUAUGGUUCAUCAGACAUAAUAUGAACAUAUCAGGAAGAAAAUUAGUCAAUCAUCUGAGAAAGGAUACUUACAGUGAUGCACAGUUUUAACUCUAUGAAAAUGAAAAUCUGCAUUUACGUUUAUGUAGAUAAACCGCUCAAAGUCUGUUGGAUAUAUUCUAUAUCGUCGAAUAUCAGUAUCAUACCCAGUCAAUGGGAAUACUAAUCUAAGCUACUCGCAUGACUACAACAUGCAAUAUUUACACAAUCUCUGUCCUCUUUGUUUUGUAUUCUAUUAGAAAGCAGGAGUUUAGACGUCAUAGUUAGUACAAAGAAAUUGCCUUAAAAUAGGACAACAGCACAUAGAACAUAGUAUUCCAAAAUCAUCACAUUGCAUAUGAUAUUGCUAAUUAUUGUGCGAGAUUUAUGAAACUAAGGACUUAAUCAUGUAAUCUAUUUAUAAUUCUUGUAUGGAAUGAAAACAGUAUUAGUCUACGAUGAACUGUGUGAUAGCGAUUGAUGGUGACAACUCUUCGUUAUCUACCUAUCAAACUGUGAUAUAACUUAUUACUAUCCCUUUUUUAGGGGACAGAAAAAGUCAAAAAUACAUACUACAAUAUGAUA